AUGAGUAAUUUACAUGGAAUAAGCAUGAUGUGCUCUCCACGUGUACCUCUUACAAAGAGACUAUUUUGGCUUUUCAUAUGGUCAGUAUGUGUUUUCGGAGCAUGGUCAGUUCUGAAGUCAUCUCUAUCGCUAUACAGCUCGAAAGUUAUUGCAUAUAAUGUUGACACCAAUUCAUUGGAAUGGGACACUCCCUUUCCGGCGGUAACGCUGUGUGAAACCCUUGACAAUAGUCGAAUUAAUAACUAUCUUAAGAGCAACAAUUUACCAUCAGCUAUGGUGCAUUUCUACAAGCACGUAUCUUACUGGACCAUCAAGUACUGCCGACUCUGUGUGUCCUGCGAACGGAAUGUGACUUGUUCUGACGAUUUCAUUCAUCAUAUAACAAGGAUGAGGGCUAAUUGUACAGAGUUAUUGACGGAUUGUUGGUGGGGAGGAGAGCACUUUAAAUGCUGUGAGAGAUUCCGACCAAUUAAAACUGAAUAUGGUGUCUGCUUUAGUUUCAAUUCGGAGUUAUCCGGUAAUAAGUCAGAAAUUUUGCUUGUGAACAGAAAAAUUGGAACUCCGAAAUUGGUGUUUUCAACAAUUAACAGUGUACUUGUCAAAAUUCACGCUUCAGACGAUACGGUGUACGUUGAUAUGGAAGAAUUGUUGGGACGAUCUAACUCCAUUCCACUGAUGGCUAAUUCGGAAAUUACAUUGUCGGUAGAACAAACAGUGAACGAUGCAGCGGUAACAUCUGUGAAACCAAAUCUGCGUGAUUGUUUGUUCAAAAACGAAAUGCCAACGUACACGAAGGAUUGGCCAUUUUCCUUCUAUUCUGUGACCGCUUGCAUGUUGUAUUGCAAAGCGAUCACCCAGUACCAGCUAUGCAAUUGUACUUACCAUUUUAUAUCUAGUAUUGUAAAUAUGCCACCUUGUGAUAUAAACGGACUCGCCUGUUUGACUAUGAACAAAGAUGAAUUUUCAAAAUACAAUUGCACAUGUCCUAUGAGAUGCGAAGAAACUACUUAUAAGCUUAUUCACAUGUCUUAUAGGAGAUCAACUAAGCAGCUGGAUAGUGAAAUACCGUCUUCUCGUACAGUGGUCCGUCUUCUACAGUUGCCGUCUAUAAGAUAUCGAAGAUUCGUCAUACGUGAUAAUCUGGGGCUUAUGGUGGACAUCGGCGGCGUGGGCGGAGUGUUUUUUGGAGCUUCGUUGUUAAGCUUUAUCGAAUUUGUGUACUUGCUUUGUAUUCGACGGGGAUCUUGAGUAUUGGAGUUUGUGUGAUUUAUGCUUAAAAUUAUAUUGAAUUUGCUUUUAGGUAACUACCUAACUAUAUAAAUUUGUGUGUCGUAUUGCUGUUUUUAAAGUAUAGUUUAAUAAUUUUAAUAAUAUUUACAGUAAUAAUGUGCUGGUGUCUAAAAUUGUUUGUGUUCAAUAUAUAUUUUUGACUUCGUUA